AUGGCACUAAAUUCAGCGUUGGUGGUUCCUAAAGAAAAUCUGGCUCGAAAGCACGAGAACAUAAAUAACGUCGAAUUAUCGAGUAGCAUGAUUGUCGAGCUUACAAAGCCCGAGGAAUUUGUACCUGCGGAUGGAACUGAUUCCGGACUUUCGCUUUUUGACUGCACAAUAUCUUCAGGCCGUCAUGUUCUUGCAACGAUACCCAAAGAUAUUCUCCAUGAUCUUCAGUCCUUGGGCUCCCAGUUCUCUGCUUCUGCUGAGAUACAUGUAAUGUCGUCCUCCACCAAGGAAGAAGCAAAAGAACGUCCAGCAUGUCAAUACCACUCUCGGAUUUUCCAGCGCCCUGUCUCGAUGGACAUUGUUCACAAGGACCGUGAUAUCCAGGAACGAUAUCUUUUCGAAAGUCCUGGGAGGCAAUACGCCGUAUUCUAUCGUGUUGGGACGGAAUACUUAUCCACGUCCAGGAAUUGCACUUGUUGCUCAGUGCACGAUUUCCAUCUGUGA